GUGGUUGUUUUUUUACGUGUUUUCGCCAAAUUUCUCUUUGUGUUUAUACUAAAUAAACGCGCAGUAAUUAAUUAUAAGACACACUAAUUUUUUUGUGAUAAAAUGACACCCAACCGCACAGUAGAAAACGAGUUUGCUAUUACGAUGACAGCGAUAUUGGAAAUUAUUAUUAUGGACAAGGGCAUCCCAUGAAACCGCAUCGUAUACGUAUGGCCCACAAUUUACUACUGAAUUAUGGCCUUUACCGCAAAAUGGAGAUAUACAGGCCUCAUAAAGCCACAGCUGAGGAAAUGACUAAAUUCCAUUCAGACGACUACAUCAGAUUUUUGAGAUCCAUUCGUCCAAACAACAUGUCUGAAUACAAUAAACAAAUGCAAAGGUUUAAUGUAGGAGAAGACUGUCCUAUCUUCGACGGUCUAUACGAAUUCUGCCAAUUAUCAACAGGCGGUUUAGUUGCUGCGGCCGUAAAACUAAACAAACAAGCCUCAGAGAUAUGCAUAAAUUGGGGUGGAAGAUUACAUCACGCUAAAAAGUCUGAAGCGUCGGGUUUUUGCUACGUGAACGACAUAUUUCUGGGUAUAUUGGAGCUGUUAAAGUACCAUCAGCGUUGA